AUGGACCCCCACGCAGGCUCUUUACCCCGCAUAGUCGACGACUUGAUCCCCCUUAUACUUGACAGCAACAACCACUGGUGGCCGUGCGAUUACCUGCGCCUCUCCUUAAUCUCGCCAGAGUGGCUAGCUCCCGUUCGCAAGCGCCUGUAUACAUGCCCGACCAUACGCUCGUAUCGCGCAUGUACGCUCCUCGCGCGAACGCUUUCCGAACGCCCGGAAUAUUCUGCUUUAAUACGCGAAAUGGACCUACGUCCCUUCGCGGAAUAUAACAGCGGAGGGAUAGCAUGCUAUGAUAUGGAGAGUGUCAAGUUGUUACUGGGCCUUGACAGCCUGAGGAGCGUAACAUUGGGCGCAGAUUUGGCUGUGAGGGCAGAGCGAUUUCUGUCCUGGAUAAACUCUACCUCCCUCGAGGAGUUACAUGUUGAUGGGAAGCAGCGCAGGCUUGGAUAUGGAUGCUCGCGGUACCAGCAACCAGCGUCCUUGACGUGGGACCACGAGCUGUGCGGCAGGUUCACGAAGUUGACGAGUCUUCGGCUCUCAAAUAUUGAACUCCACAUCCUUCCCUCAGCAUCACCCAUCCCGCAGCUUACCGAACUGAACGUGGAGAGAGUAGAGGUGCUUGUCGGCCAUCUUCACCAGCUGUCUAGCGACUGGUCGAGUCUGCGACAUUUGAGCAUAGAAGCGCGGUGCACCUCGGACUUCGAUCGUCAUAUACGGCUCUUACUCUCCCAUUGCGGUCCCAGCCUUGAGAGUCUUCAUUAUGACGUCCGGGACGUCCACUUGGACGAAGCCAUUUUCCACGAUAGCCUGGUGUCCUGCCCGGCCCUUCGGGAGUUGCGCCUGAAUGGACUUGACGUCAAUCUGGGAACGUUGUCGUCCAUCGGACAGCGCUGCGGCAAUUUGGAGCAGCUUUCGGUGGAAGGGAGGGUCGUCCGGGUGACAUCCAACGAGUGGGCCGCGUUCAUCGGCUCCGGCGCAUUGCCAUCAUUGCAGCACCUGAAGACUCCGCCUGGGACCCAUGCUCCACCGUUCAGUUACUGGUCUGAAGCGAUGGGCAGGCAGGUAAUCGAUGCAUGCGCCGCACGGGGCAUCAAACUCGCCAACGUCUUCCUCCGUUCACAUCUGUGA